AUGUGGCACGAGGCGCGGCGGUCGGAGCGGAAGGUCCACGACCUCAUGGACGGUGCGCGGCGCCGGGCCCAGCGGCGCUACGCCUACCUCGCCCGCCGCCGCGGCGAUCCGCACCAGUCCCUCCAGGUCUCCGGCGCCCGGUGCCGCGUCCACCGCGACGACUCACUAUAUCAGGCCACCGAGGACCAGCAGGGAUUGAUACCAUGGAACGGGAAACAAGAUAUUCUGAUUGACAGAUUUGAUGGCCGUGCACUACUUGACUUCAUCCGUGACUCUAGCCCUCGGUCUUUUCAAACUCAGGAAAAAUCUGAAGAAGAGGAGGAGCUAGAGGAUUUUGUUAAUUUUGAACGUUACCGGGACUUGAUUAAGCAUCGUCGUAGAGGAUUUUCUGAUGAGGCGGGUUUACAACAUAUUGCGCAAGAGUUGGCAGCAAAAGCUAUUCUUCCUUUUAGCUUUGAGAAAUCUCAAUCAUCACAGGCUCCAGUUAGCAAAGGUGCUUAUUCGCAGGUUGGAUACUCAUAUAAAGGGGAUGGAAAUGAACAUUCUGAUGUGCCCAGUGAUGAUGAAGAUGAAGAGGAAGGAGAAGAGGAUGGCAAGGACUUCAGUAGUGAUGAUAGCAGUGAUGAGCAAAUGGAAAACUUAGCAAAGGAAUUUGGCAUAAAAAGAUAUAACUGGCUUGUUUACAUGGACAAAAAGGUCAAAGAAGAGGAGAAGCGGCAGAAAGAAAUUAUUAAAGGCGACCCAUCCAUUAAAAAAAUGAGUCGGAGAGAUAGAAGGAAGGCUUCUCAAUCUGAGAGGGAGCGAGAGAGGGAGGCAGUACGUUCUGUUGGAAGGGUAUCUUAUCGUGACCCUUAUAGGGAACAAAGGAGAAGCCCAUCAUAUGAAGCAUAUUCAAGAGGCAGAAGAUCAAGGUCCCGGUCAAGAUCUCAUUCACCUUCAUCCAGACGUCAUACCCAUGGUACACAUGCUGAUAGUAAUUACCGAAGCAAGGCUAAGCCUCCAAGAGUUGAAUACAUCACUGAAUUUGGAGGUUCAGAAGAUGCCAGUGAUCUGAAAGUUACAGGGAUCUCUCCGCCUUCGUCUCCAAUACGAGCUGACAUACCUAACCGGUCAUCAGGUGUCCAUAUUCUGGAGGCACUUCACAGUGAUCCUGCAUCUUCUUUAUCCAUGGAACAGGAAAAAAGUGCUAAAAUUUUGAAACCACCUGCCAGGUUUGUCAACAUGAUUACAUCCUUACAAACACAGAAGCUGUAUGUGCAACCAAGCUGUUUGAAUUGCACAUCAUCAGCACUAGCGAAACUAAAGGGUGCUUCUGGAGGACUUGGUAAAACUCCCCAGGCUGAAAAGAAAGAAACACCACAGGAACGUCUUAAAAGGAUAAUGAGCAAACAGCUUAACAAACAAAUUCGGAAAGACACUGCUGCUGAGACCGCAAAGAAACGAGAACAGGAACGGCAAAGGCAGGAAAAACUUGCAGAAGUAGGUCGAUACAGGCUCCGUAGCAGGAGUAGAAGUCUUAGCCGUUCACCAAGAAAGCGGCAUUAUAGCAGAAGCCGUAGUAGGAGCCGAAGCCCAAGAAGAAACCAUUCACUUUCACUGUCUUGUUCAAGGUCACCCUCUCACUCUCCAAGGUACAGAAGCAGAUCAAGGCACUGA